AUGAAGGCGCCCAACGGAGGUGAGCCAAAGACGCCUGCGCUUUGCUUCCCGAUCCUCGGUGGCUUUUACGACGAUCGGGACGAGAGAUUGAUCGCCGACGCGACAACCCUCCGCUGCGUCACGGUCGGCUUGUGCAUCAUUUCCUUCAUCGUCGGUAUCACGCAACUGACGAGCGGCUUGAAGUUACCAACGUCGUCUUCUCGGCAAAUCAUGUUCCUCAUCUCGAUUGCGAAAGCCUGGCUCAAUUCAGUGGAACGAGCUACUCGUGCGCGAUGGAUCCGGACUUUUACCAACAAGGCCUGUGCAACCCCGCCAAGCCGCCGGUCAACUGUGCCGGUGGAGUAG